CUUGCCUGCAAUCAAAAUGCAGGCAAUAGCAGCUCUACGCAAAAUUUAUCUAGCAAUUUAAUUAAACCACAAUAUUUAUCAUCAACAUUGCCACGUUCGGCAGCAAUCGCAAAAAAUCAAACAGCAAUUGAUCCAAUCGCAGCUUUACAAUUGGAAAGAGAUCCCAGAGAUGUAACAUGUAAUGGUUUCAAUCGUUUUGAUCCAAAAUAUAUCAGUAUUGGACCUAAAUCAAUUAGAAGUAAUGGUUCAAGUUUAACAACCAGUAAUAUGAAUAAAUGUGCCACAUUGAGACAUGGUGGGCGUUAUGGCGGUUCUUUAGUUGCAAAAGUUAGUGGUGUAGGCGGAGUAAGCCCGAAUGCAAAUUUGAAAAGUGCAAAAAUUCCAAGUAUUGCUACAGUAUCAACAAAUUAUUCAUCACAACAAUCAACAACAUCUUUCAAUACCCCAAAUAUUACAACUGUACAAAAUGUUGUUGCACCACCUAUACCACCGGUUUUACCACCAUAUUUACCAAAGAAAAGCAAUUUAAAUACUUUCACUGAUAUACCUGGAACCACCGGUGUUGGAAGUUCCGUUGCAGCAGCGGCAGCUGCAGCUGCUGAGCUACGUGAAACUGAAAUACAUCUUCACCAUCAACAACAACAAGAACAGGAAAGAAGACAGCAGCAACGUGAACAACAAGAACUAGAACGUAGACAACAACAGCUACGCGAACAACAGGAGCAAGAAAGAAGACAACAGCAAUUGUUGCAACAACAAGAAGAACAACGUAGAUUACAACAAGAGGAGCAACGUAGGCAACAACAGCAACGAGAACAGCAAGAGCAGGAGCGUAGACAGCAGCAAUUGUUACAGCAACAAAGAGAGCAACAAGAACAAGAAAGAAGACAACAGCAAUUACUACAACAGCAAAGAGAACAACAAGAACAAGAGAGACGGCAACAGCAAUUACUACAGCAACAACGUGAGCAGCAGUUGCAGCGUGAGCAGCAGCAACGAGAACAACAAUUGCAACAACAACGUCAACAGCAACAACAACAACAAGAGCAACAGCGGCAAUUGCAACAGCAACGUCAACAAUCGCAUCAUCACCAGCCUUCUCACGUUUUUAGCAUCGAAACAACAAAUAAUUUCAGAUCACAACCAUCAAAACAAACCCAGGCUUCGCAAUCAAUUAAACCAGCAUCUAUUUUAAGCCAGCCGCUACCGGAAAUUCCUCAACCUCAUCAAACUCCAAGAAAUAUUGUAGAACCGAUUCAUCAAACUCAACAAAUUUCGAAAAUUUCUCAACAGCCGCUAUGCGCAGCAAAUCUUAAUCAAUAUCGUUCAUUACAACGUUCUUCAAAAAGUACUAUGAGUGUACCAAGUCAUCGUGAACCAAGAGAAGAGCGUAGAGAACCAAGAACAGAAAUGCGAGAGAGCCGUGACUUUAGAGACUCUCCAAGAGAAUAUAAAGGUGAUCGAGUUGAACAAAAAUUAGUUCCACCGUCUUUACCACCGAAAAAUCGCCACAAAGAAGAAGCACAACGAUCUCUUAGAUCAAAUACUCAGACACUUCCAUCUAAACGUCUUCAACAACAAUUCUCUCAACAAUCAACACAUUCUUCAUCUUUCACUAGUGAACGGAGCGGACAAAGUCUUCAACGUUCGGAAAAAUCAAAAUUCCAUCAACAAAAUAUGGAUAGCAGCCAACAUUCUCAACCGCAACAACGAUUAUCUUAUGUUGAGCAAUAUAAGACUCAACAAUCGAAACAUUCCCAACAUCAGCAACAGCCAGUUCCGCCACAACGACAUUCAUCAAAUUCUGUUUCUUCAUCUCAAACCACAGGUCAAAGCUAUCAUCAUUCCUAUCCCAUUUCCCACCAACAAAAUAAUAACCUUCCAUCAUCAUCAUCAAACUAUCAUCAUUCUAGCAAUAAAACACAAUCAUCAUCAUCAUCAUAUGAUAAUCAGUAUUAUCGUUCAUUAAAACGUGGUGGUACACACGCAAAUAGUGAUUUAUAUUCUGUAACAGAAUUGUAG